AUGUGUAUUUGGUCCAUCCAGGACAGGUCUUUUGUCACUUACGAUGGCAGUACUACGGCACCUCCGUGCGAGGCCGCCACGUGGGUUGUGUUUAUGCAGCCAGGGUUCAUUGGGGUGCGGCAGCUUGAACAGUUUCGCUCUGGGAUUAGCGGCUAUCAGCCAUCCAGACUUGCUCCAGCAAACAGUACUCGACCCCUUGGAUUGUCAGAUCUUUGGGACAGUCGUUGGGGAUACAACAGCCGCAACACUCAAGCCCUAAACUACAGGCCAUUGUCAUUGGUGCAGAUGGCCAAUGCUCCUCCUCCAUUCGUUCCAAAGCAGAACUUUGAAGGUUCAACGAGCAUUUGGCCGAUUCUCAUUUGCAUCAUGCUCUUUGCUCUUCUGGUGACGGGCUGUCUCCUGGCUGUGUUGACCAGAAUCAAGCGGCACAAGGAAGAGUACGGCCAUGGCUGCUGUGAUGAUUCCGAUGAGGAGGAAGACGUUCGCUCGUUCCAGCAGCUCCAGUCGCUUCAGCAGGGGGCCACACUGCUGAGCCCUCUGCCAGAUCCGUACAUGCACAUGGCGCCAGCACGAGCAGGAUUUGGCAAGCACAAUCAGAUAUAUCUUGCAUGA